AUGGCUUCCAACCCAAACAAUCCAAUCAUGAAAAAGCCCAACGGGUCGGAAACAGCGGGCGCAUUGCCACCACCAUUGGCCAUUGCUCCAGCUCCUUCUGCGACAGCACCAGCACCAAUUGCAGUUUCGUCCACAGCAAGCUUCGCGCCAAACGCUGUAGGAUCCUUGCAUGCUAGCAUUGCUUCUGCAAACGAACCAGGUUCCGGUGGCGGCAUGAUUCACUCACAGCAACAACUUCCAGCCGAUACUCUAGACAUGUCCGCAUUGAAGGAUUCCAUGGACGCAGCUGUUCAGUCCAUUCUUCUAGCAGAUGACGGAAAGGGCUCUAACGCGAAUGGAAAUGAUGCAGAUACUGCCAAGCAUGAUCAAUUGCGGGCCAUGUACUUGGCUGGAUUCAAGGCUGCUCAAGCGCGCCAGGUGGGAAUACAAGAUCAACACCAACAAGCAACGCAUCAUCAAAUAAACGCAGCUCAACAUCAUCAAAACAUAUUGCGAGAUAACUUUGAACAAUCUAGAGCUCAAGCAGAACCAUUGCCUCCACCACAAGCCUUGUUAUUGCCGGUCUCGGGUGGAAUGGCUGCGGGUGUCAUUAAAGUACAGCCUGGAACUGCCAUGAGUCCAGCUGGAAGUGCUCUUGGUACUUCUCCUGCUACUACCAAUUCCAAUUCUUCGUCUCGAUCAUCCCAACGAAUGACGGGUCGAACUGCUGCUGCCGCCGCUGCUGCUGCUGCUAGCACUCAGGCAGUGAGUCCAGCCCUGUCGGCCGUUUCGACUCCAGGAUCUCCUUCUGCCACUGGUCAUUCCAAUCCAUUUCCACGCAAACUCAUGGAAAUGCUCAAAAAGGAAGAUCAAAAUAUUGUUGCCUUUUUGCCAAAGGGUGAUGCCUUCAUGGUCCGAGAUCCCGAUGCCUUUGUCGGGAGCGUCCUGCCGCGAUAUUUUCGUCACACUAAAUUGACCUCCUUUCAACGUCAAUUGAAUUUGUAUGGCUUUCGACGAGUCACCAAGGGACCAGAUGCCGGUGCCUAUAGACAUGACAAUUUCCAUCGGGACUUUCCCGAUCGGUGUUUGCAAAUGAAGCGGACCAAGCAAAAGGGAACGGGCAGCAGUCCCCGACUUGGGCCAUCUCCACGCAUGAAUGGACGAGCCUCGGGGGCAUCCUCUCCGUCGUCUCCACUGGUCAGUCCCGGUGAUAGCCCUGCGAGUGCCUAUGGUCUGGACUCCCCCAUGAGUCAAGGUGGUCCCAUGUUGUUGUCCUCUUCCAUCAUGUCUAGUUCCUCUGCAGUUCAACUUCCAGGAGCAGCAAUGGGAGAACAGCGACAAGCUCACUUUCGAUCCAUUUCUCCUUCUCAUCCACAAAGUCAAUCGACGGCCCCCCAAACUGGGCUGGGAAUUCUCAUGGGAGGAGGCAGCAGUGGUGGCGGUGGUGGAGGCCCUGCUCCACUGUUGGCACCCCAAAAGUUUGGUGGACCAUCCACCUCCUCUGGUCAUUUGACCCCCGAUCAGCAAAAUAGAAUUCAAGAGGAUCUUGCCGAACGAGAACGACAGGCAGCCGCACUCGGAGCUGCCAUGGCACCUUCCGGGGUGGGCCAAGUCUUGCAAGCUCCACCUCCACUAGUGUCCAUGGUGCCACCGUCUGGACAUCAUCAUUCGGCCAAGGCUACCUCUACCGGUAGUAACAAUGACAUUGCCAUGGAAAAUAUCAAUUGGAAUACCAUUCCCGAAUUGGGCAACCCUGAUGAUAUGGAUAUGGAUUUUGCCGCCAUGUUUGAUGCCGAACAAGAACAAUCCUUUUUGCAUCAUAGUCAGCAGCAGCAUCAUCAGCAUCAUCAGCAUCAGCACCAUCAGCACCAUCAUCAUCAGCCAAAUAUGGCGCAUCCAGGAGAAGCUAAACCUUCCUCUUCCAAGAGUAGUAGUGGGAUACCCAAUCCAUUGAAUUCUACUGGUUAA